GAGGCGCCGCCGCCGCCGCCGGGUUUCCCGCCAUGGGUCUGGACGCGGACCCGGUGGACCCGGCGCUGCAGUGCCGGCUGUGCGGCCUGGUGCUGGAGGAGCCGCUGUCGACGCCGUGCGGGCACGUCUUCUGCGCCGGCUGCCUGCUGCCCUGGGCGGCGCGGCGCCGGCUGUGCCCCUUGCGCUGCCGGCCCAUCUCCCGCCAGGAGCUGCACCGGGUAGCGCCGCUGAGGAGCCUCGUGCUGCGCCUGCCCGCCCAGUGCGACUACCGGGCGCGCGGCUGCCGACGGCGCGUGCCGCUCCACCAGCUGGCGGCGCACGUCGAGGGCUGCGCCUACGCGCCGGGCAGGUGCCGCGGUCGCGAGGCGCUGCACAUGCGCGAAGGCGGCGGCGGAGGACCUCAAGAGCAGCAGCAGCAGCAGCAAGAGGACGACGACGACGACGAGGAGGAGGAAGGUUUUGGCGCCGGCGACGAGGGCAGCGCGAGCCGCAGCAGUAGCAGCGUUUUGCGCGGCGGCGGGCUGCAGCAGUGGCGCGAGAGCGAGUCGGCGCUGCUCGGCCAGCUGGCGGCGCUGCAGAGCGACGUGCAGCUGGCGGCGCUCCGGUACAAGCAGAAAUUCAGCCAGUACGUCCGUCACCUCAGCGGCAGCCACGACGGCCCCGAGGAAAGAGAGCCUAAGAUCUUAACCAUCAUGCUACACAGAGAAAACAAUACCCUGGGAUUUAAUAUUGUUGGAGGACAAGCUAACCAGGGCAAUCAGGAAGGAAUUUAUGUGUCCAGAAUUGUGGAAAAUGGGCCUGCUGACCAAGCAGAUGGUAUGCAAAUGAAUGACAGGAUCCUAGAGGUCAAUGGGAAGGAUCUUUCCAAAGCCACCCAUGAAGAGGCCGUGGAGGCUUUUCGGAAUGCAAAAGAGCCUAUUGUAGUCCAGGUCCUUCGGAGAGCACCUCUCAUCAAAACACCUGGGAGCUCACAGGAUGUUCGGCUCAUGGAUGCUUGCACACAGACAGAUAUUACGUUUGAGCACAUCAUGGCUCUGGCCAAGCUAAGACCAACCACACCUCCGGUACCGGAUAUCUGCCCCUUCCUGCUUUCUGACAGCUGCCAUUCUCUUCAUCCAGUUGAACAUGAAUUUUACGAAGGUAAUGAAUACCUUUCCAGUCUGCCUGCAGAUGUAGAUAGAACCGAGGACUUUGAGUACGAGGAAGUUGAACUUUGUCGUGUUAGCAGCCAAGAAAAGCUGGGCUUGACUGUCUGCUACCGCACGGAUGACGAGGAAGACACAGGAAUUUAUAUCAGUGAGGUUGAUCCAAACAGUAUCGCUGCCCGAGAUGGACGGAUCCGGGAAGGAGAUAGAAUUUUGCAAAUAAAUGGCCAAGAUGUCCAGAACCGGGAGGAGGCAGUGGCAUUGCUCUCCAGCGACGAAUGCAAGAAAAUUGUACUGCUGGUAGCAAGACCAGAGAUGCAGCUGGAAGAAGGAUGGCUGGAUGAUGAAAGGAACGAAUUCAUAGAGGAGUUAAACUUGGAAAUGUUGGAAGAACCGCAUAAUGAAGCAGUGCAAUACGCAGGCAAUGAAGUGGAGCAGCCUAAAAAGCACGAAGAGGAAGACGGCACAACAGAUACUGCUACCUCAUCAUCUAACAACAACGAGAAAGACAGUGGAGUGGGCCCCACCGACGAAAGCCAGCGCAAUGACGAGAGCUCAGAGCAAGAAAACGCACCAGAAGAGCAGAACAAGCCGACCCCAGAGACCCAGCAGGAACUGAGGCAGAGCCCGGACCCUCUGGGAAGCCUCGAGCUCCAGUGCAACAAGAGCGUAGUGUCUGGGGAAUACAUUGAGUCUGAUUUUGUUGGUAACCAGGAGGAGGACUGCGAAAGGUUUCGCCAGCUGCUGGAACUCAAGUGUAAGAUCCGAAAGCACGGCGAGUAUGACUUGUAUUACUCAAGCAGUACCAUAGAGUGCAACCGAAGGAAAAAGGACGGGGUGGAGCAUGAGCUGCAGCUGCUCAAUGAGGAACUGAGGAACAUUGAGCUCGAGUGUCAGAGCAUCAUGCAGGCUCACCGGCUUCAAAAAGUGAAAGACCAGUAUGGAGACAUUUGGGCACUGCAGGGUGGUACAUUCAGGAAUUAUAACACCAGUAUAGACCUUCCAGGGGGGAAACUGGACGACAUCAUUGAGCACCCAGAGAAAUCGGACAAAGACAGUUCCAGCGCUUACAACACAGCAGAGAGCUGUAGAAGCACUCCGUUGAACGUGGAGCGAUCCCCUGAUAGUUCUCUCCAGCGGAUGAUUAGCAUCACCAAUAGGAAAAACCUCAGGAGUACCAUUGUGGCUAACCAGUUGUCUUCGAGGCAGAGUGGCAGGGAGACAACGCCAAACAAAACCAAAGCUGCUGAACAAAACAGUUCUGUUGAGGAGAAGGAAACGGUUUCAGAAAGUAGCAAAUCGACAGAGCAAGAAAGGCAGAGCCCCGAGCAGAUUCCUUAUUUGUCCCCAUAUCAUGGCUCCUCAUACAGGUAUGGGAAUAUCCCUGCACACGCUAAGCAUUAUCAAAGCUAUAUGCAGCUGAUACAGCAGAAAUCUGCUGUGGAAUAUGCCCAGAGCCAGCUCAGCCUAGUGAACAUGUGCAAAGAUUCGCAGAAGUGUGCGGAGCCCAAGAUGGAGUGGAAAGUGAAAAUAAGGAGCGACGGGACGAGGUAUAUCACCAAAAGACCUGUAAGAGACAGAAUCCUGAAGGAACGUGCCUUAAAGAUUAAAGAGGAGCGCAGCGGGAUGACGACGGAUGAUGAUACAAUGAGCGAAAUGAAGAUGGGUCGUUACUGGAGCAAAGAGGAACGGAAGCAGCACCUGGUGCGAGCCAAGGAGCAGAGGCGGCGGCGGGAAUACAUGAUGCGUAGCAGACUAGAGUGUCUUAAAGAGAGCCCUCAAAGCAGCAGUGAGGGCAAAAAGGAAAUUAACAUCAUUGAACUCAGUCACAAAAAGAUGAUGAAAAAGAGGAACAAGAAGAUCUUGGACAACUGGAUGACUAUCCAGGAACUUAUGACACAUGGUGCUAAAUCUCCGGACGACACAAAAGUACACAAUGCUUUUUUAUCGGUUACUACAGUAUGAAUAUGUCUAUUCUGGAAAAAAAAAGUCUACUACCAGUUUCGGUAGAGUACAAUUGCCUCGUUCAAAGUGGCAUUUUUUUAUAUAUUUUGUGACUGUUUAUAGUUUGAUCUUUUUUGUAAGCAAUUACUUGGUAAAUUUACAUUUGGUUUUUCAUACAAUAGUAUUUUCGUUAACUGGUAAUUUUGCAGUCUUUCUUUACUCUGCAAUAUAUUCAUAAUAUUGAUUUCUAUUUUAAGGAAAAAGCAAAACUUAAAAAGGAGGAACUAAUUACUUUCGUAUCCAAUUUUAUGUACUGGAAGUUAAAAACCGGGUCUUUUCCUCUAGAUUUCUUUUUUAAUACUUUACUAAAACUACAAUGCCAAAACAAAAUCCUUUCUACCUUACUCUUGCUUUUUGGCAGUUUAAAUUUUUUAACAUUGUAUGUUCUGUCUGUUUCUAAACCACAUGCCACAUCUCAUAAAGCUCAAGAACUGCAUUUUAUCCAACAGCACAUUGUACAGUAAUUUUUAAAUCGCAAUUGUCUUUGUCCAAGUAAAGUGUUGGUAAGAAACUCUUCAGUGAUAUGUUAAUGGCAUUGGUUGUGUAGCUAGGUGAUAUGUGGUAUUUGUGAAGACUGAAGAGAAAUAAAUUAUUUCUUAUCUUUAAGAAAAAUGA